UAGGAGGGACGAAUGGGGGGGGGGGGUCCGGUCUCCCCUGUCCGAACACUUUUUUUUUUUUAUCCUAGAACUGAUCUCCGGGACCAAGACUCUUCAACCAGCCCCUAGAUCCCUGCUCAGCCAAAGGCCUUCCCUGCCAUGCAACCUGUCAGUGUCUGGAAACAGAGUACGUGGGGGCUGCUGCUGUGCCUGCUGUGUGGCUCCUGUCUGGGGUCUCCAUCCCCAGACGGAAACCAGGGGCUGCGGUUCCGGCUGGCUGGCUUCCCCAGGAAGCCCUACGAGGGUCGUGUGGAGAUACAGCGUGCUGGCGAAUGGGGCACCAUCUGUGAUGACGACUUCACACUGCAGGCUGCCCACGUCCUCUGCCGGGAGCUGGGCUUCACAGAGGCUACAGGCUGGACCCACAGUGCCAAAUACGGUGCUGGAACAGGCCGCAUCUGGCUGGACAACCUGAGCUGCAGUGGGACUGAGAAGAGUGUGACUGAGUGUGCGUCCCGGGGCUGGGGGAACAGUGACUGUACCCACGACGAGGAUGCCGGCGUUAUCUGCAAAGACCAGUACCUCCCUGGCUUCUCAGACUCCAAUGUCAUUGAGGUCGACCAUCACCUGCAAGUCGAGGAGGUGCGGCUUCGAUCAGCUGUGGGGCGGGGCCGGCGACCCCUGCCCGCGACUGAGGGCCUGGUCGAAGUCCGGCUUCCUGAGGGCUGGCUGCAAGUGUGUGACAAAGGCUGGAGCGCCCAGAACAGCCACGUGGUCUGCGGGAUGCUGGGCUUCCCUAGCGAAAAGAGGGUCAACACGGCCUUCUACAGACCAGCCACCGAGCUUAAAGUCAAACCCAAACCCCAAGCAGGCAGGGACCCUAUCGAGAGGCUGCUGGCCCAGCGGCAGCAACACUUCUUUGGUCUGCACGGGGUGGCGUGUGUGGGCACAGAGGCCCACCUCUCCCUCUGCUCCCUGGAGUUCUAUCGUGCCAAUGACACGAUCAGGUGCCCUGGAGGGGCCCCUGCGGUGGUGAGCUGUGUGUCAGGCCCUCUCUACGCUGCUUCCAGUGGCCAGAAGAAGCAACAACAGUGGAAGCCUCAGGCGGAGGUCCUUGUGCGUCUAAAGGGUGGAUCCCACCCUGGAGAGGGCCGGGUGGAAGUCUUGAAGUCUGGCACGUGGGGCACAGUCUGUGACCGCAAGUGGGAUCUCCUGGCAGCCAGCGUGGUGUGUCGGGAGCUGGGCUUCGGGAGCGCUCAAGAGGCUCUGAGUGGUGCCCGCAUGGGGCAGGGCAUGGGUGCCAUCCACUUGAGUGAAGUGCGAUGCUCUGGACAGGAACCUUCCAUCUGGAAUUGCCCCCACAAGAACAUCACAGCUGAGGACUGCUCCCAUAGCCGGGAUGCUGGGGUCCGAUGCAACCUGCCGUACACUGGGGUGGAGACCAAGAUCCGACUCAGUGGGGGCCGCAGUCGAUAUGAGGGGCGAGUUGAGGUGCAAAUUGGAGGACCUGGGGCCCUUCGCUGGGGUCUCAUCUGUGGGGAUGACUGGGGGACACUGGAAGCCAUGGUGGCCUGUAGACAACUCGGCCUGGGCUACGCCAGCCAUGGCCUGCAGGAGACCUGGUACUGGGACUCGGGGAAUAUAACAGAGCUGGUGAUGAGUGGAGUGCGCUGCACAGGGACCGAGCUGUCCCUAGACCAAUGUGCUCAUCACAGCUCCCACAUCACCUGCAAGAGGACAGGGACCCGCUUUACCGCUGGAGUCAUCUGUUCUGAGACCGCGUCCGAUCUGCUGCUGCACUCGGCACUGGUACAGGAGACGGCCUACAUCGAGGACCGGCCCCUUCACAUGUUGUACUGUGCUGCCGAGGAGAACUGCCUGGCCAGCUCGGCCCGCUCAGCCAACUGGCCUUAUGGCCACCGGCGUCUGCUCCGAUUCUCCUCCCAGAUCCACAACCUGGGACGCGCUGACUUCAGGCCUAAGGCUGGCCGCCACUCCUGGGUGUGGCACGAGUGUCAUGGGCACUACCACAGUAUGGACAUCUUCACUCACUACGAUAUUCUGACCCCCAAUGGCACCAAGGUGGCUGAGGGCCACAAAGCUAGUUUCUGUCUAGAAGAUACUGAGUGUUAUGAGGAUGUCGCCAAGAGGUAUGAGUGCGCCAACUUUGGAGAGCAGGGCAUCACCGUGGGUUGCUGGGAUCUCUACCGGCAUGACAUCGACUGUCAGUGGAUCGACAUCACAGAUGUGAAGCCAGGAAACUAUAUUCUACAGGUGGUCAUCAACCCAAAUUUUGAAGUAGCUGAGAGUGACUUCACCAACAACGCAAUGAAAUGUAACUGCAAAUACGACGGACAUCGCAUCUGGGUGCACAACUGCCACAUCGGUGAUGCCUUCAGUGAAGAAGCCAACAAGAGAUUUGAGCGCUACCCUGGCCAGACCAACAACCAGAUCAUCUAAGGUGCCACCACCCUCUGCAAACCACCACUGGCCCCUAAUGGCAGGGGUCCGAGGCUGCCAUUACCUCAGGAGCUUACCAAGGGAUCCCUGAUGUCAGCAGGCUCACUGCACUCCCCCAGCUGUGCCCUAGGGAUGUGGAACUGCCAAGCAGAAGUCACCACCCUCCCUGCUAGGCCAGCUGUCAGCAUCUGUGGCCCAGCACCAAGCCGAGCCCAUCACAACGCAGCGCCUAACUAACUGCCCAUAACAACAGAUGGCAGUGGCUACUUAUUUUGAAUGGGGAGGUCAAGACGGUCAGCUCCAGUAUCUCCCCUCAGUUCAGAGGGGGAUACAGCCUUACCUCUAGCCUUUUGGUGGGGGAAAAACCCAGCUCCCUCCCCUUGUUUUGACUAUAACAGGUUGCUAGGUAUAAUUUUAUUUUAUAUAAAAAGUGUUUUUGUGAGUCUUCAGAA